AGGGCAUUAGAUGGAACUAACAAUGGAGUCUCAAAUUCCUAAACAGAAGAGACAAUCGAAAGAGGAGUUAGUAGAUGUUAUGAAAGGAGAUAUUGGCUUCUGUGGCUGGGUCAUACUGAUACUGUCAGCGUUCUUGACAGCUAUUAUGUUCCCUCUCUCCAUCUGGUUCUGUGUUAAGGUUGUUAAAGAAUAUGAGCGUGCUGUCGUCUUUCGUUUGGGACGCAUAAUUUCAGGAAAAGCAAGGGGACCAGGUUUAAUGUUUAUCAUACCUUGCACAGAUAAUUUCAUUAAGGUAGACCUUCGAGUUCUUUCAUUUGCAAUUCCUCCUCAAGAGAUCCUUACUAAGGAUUCUGUGACUACGACAGUGGAUGGAGUUGUCUACUACAAGAUUAAUAAUGCAAUAAGUUCUGUGGCCAAUGUAAACAAUGUCCAUUUAGCGACCCAACAACUGUCUCAAACUACUCUAAGAAAUAUUUUGGGAACACAGAGCCUUAGCAACAUCUUGUCGAACCGUGAGGAGAUCGCCCACAAUAUUCAGGCAAUACUUGACACAGCGACUCAUGAGUGGGGUGUAAAUGUGGAGCGUGUAGAGAUGAGAGACGUGCGUCUCCCUGUACAGAUGCAAAGAGCCAUGGCUGCGGAAGCAGAAGCUGUAAGAGAAGCUCGUGCGAAGGUUGUAGCUGCAGAAGGUGAGAUGAAUGCAUCCCGAGCUCUGAAAGAGGCCUCCCUGGUGAUGAUGGAAUCUCCAGCGGCACUGCAACUGCGUUACCUGCAGACACUAAAUACAAUCGCAGCUGAGAAGAACUCUACAAUUGUAUUCCCUAUCCCAAUUGACCUGUUUCAAGGUCUGCUUAACAAAAAGUGAGCAGGUUUAAAGAAUCGGCUCUAAAAUGAUAAGAAAUGCAAUAGACAAAUCCUUAACCUUAGUUAAGACAAAACUAUAUUUUAGCCUUAUCAAUGGAUUCUGGAUGAUACUUUUUUCUUUAAUGGCUGACUCACUUAACUCUUUGAAAUUUAAAAAGGUAAAUCAAAUUAAAGCCGAAAUCAGAGCAAUCACAGUUUCCAUUUGCAAUAUAUUUGUUCAUAUAUAAUGUGAAGAUUUUCCAUAACAUUUCCUCACAAUCAACAUUUGGGUAUUUAGGGAGGUUGAUCUAGCAAGAGGUUGCUUAUCUGUUUAACAUAACAAAUAUUAACAUUCUCCUAAGAUCUGGUGAUUUUAUAGAAUUUAUGAUACUUAAGGGCCAGAGGUGAGUCUGGGGAGUCAUUUCCCCCCGGUGUCCUUUCAUAGUUUUAUAGCAUUAUUGUUGUACAGGACUGUAUAUAAAAUAGUGUUUUAAAAUGUGUUUUCCUUAAAUAAAAUAAAUUGUCAGCACCUCUACAGCUGGCCUGGUGCAUUGAAUGAGUUGUUCUCUAAAUAAGGGUCGAACUCAAUCUCAGGGUCAAUCUCAAUGUCAAUCAAAUAGACUAACAUUUGAUUGCCAAUUGGUUAUGAGAGUUCUAUAAUUUAUUAUGUUUAAACAGUAAGAGUUUUACUAAAUAGAGUCACAAGGUGUGGAUUUGUCAACCAACCCCAAGACUUACUAAGAACAUCAGGUAUAUCUUAUAUGAUUGUCCUUCACUCACGUACAACUUUCUUUUUUCACCAUGGGGGUGUGACCUGCUCUUCAAAUGAAGGAACUUCAUCAAUAUUAAGACCUGCUAUGGGAUCCAAACACUGGCCACUAAAACAAACUGUCCCUAAACUGUCAGCCUCCCUUCCAAAUAAAAUUUCAAAUACUAUUUCCCCUUUCUCUGAGGUGUUUUUCUAAGUGGGUUAAAAUUGAGGAAACUCUGUAAUUUAAAGCCAUGGGGCAUAUGUCCCUUUGCUCUUUAAUGGAGUUGCCAUUGAUUUCAGGUAUUUCAGGUCCUGCCAAAUGCACUUUAUUGACUGUCCAGUCUACAUAAAUAUAAC